AUGUCCUCGUUGACGUACGAGGAUUACUACCAGCAGGCCCUCGAGGACCUCGCCUUUAUCUGGAGGGAGGACGUGAAUGUCACCAAAGUGCGCGUCGCGGCUGGCGGACGCGCACGCUACGAGCAGCUGCUGCAGUAUUGGGUUUCGCUCUACAUCCAGUACCUGCGCACAGCGAAGCGCCUCGCCGCCGUGCAUGACGCGCAGCUGCAGCCACAAAAGCGCUACGAUGUUCGCACGCUGCUCGACACCUGCUUGGGCCGCAUGCUGGAGCUGCGAAACCUCCUCACCAUGAACUGUGGAGAGUUUGUGAAGCUGGACGAUGCCAUGCUUGACACGAAGAUGAUUCCGGACGAUCUCGAGGUGCCAAUUCCGCGUUACUUUGUCGAGGAUGCCGCGUCGGAGCUGCAGGAACGACGUCGACAGAUCGCGGCACUGCAGGCGCACUACAGGGAGACGGAGGUGGAUGCGCCUAUUUCCAAGGCUCUCGCUGGGGGAACCAAGAAGGAUCGUGAAUCUAAACCCAGCAGCAGCAUGAACUCCAAAGUAAUGACUGUGGAUGACGCGGUGGAACUUUUGCAGGUGAAUGAACGUGGACGUCAGGCACGGCAACGGGCCAAAUUUCAGAUGGCAAUCUAUCUACAGCAGAAGCACGCCUUGGAACACGCCAAUGAGUAUAGUUACGCCGCGGGGAAAGAGCGAGCGGCGUUGGUUGUGCAGAAGGCGGUUCAGGCCUAUCUUGCGCGAAAGCAUGUGUUUGACGGUCACAAGAAGGAGCUGGAGCUACUCGGCAUGCGCCCCACAGCAGCCACCCUUAGUGACGCGGAGCGUGUAGCGGCUGAAGUUCGUCUGGAAGAACGCAAAGCUCGUCAGCGCAUGAAUGAGGCGAGAUAUCGCCAGAAGGAGGCCGAGUUGGAGACGCGUCUUAAGGCAGAGGAAGGACCACGGACGAUGGAGGAGAUGUUGAACGAGGUCCUCACGCGCAUGGCCUAUGCACGGAUGGAGAGUAAGGACGACACCCCGCUCACCUUUCCAACGCCCGAGGAAGGUGGCAGUCGCAAGUAUUUGGAGAUGUAUGACAAUACCGCCAGUGCGGCUGCAGGAGGAACUGUUGCCGCUGCUGGAACUGCUUCUGGCUCUCCUGCUGCCUUUUCCGGGGUGGUUCCACCUGAUGGAACGAAUGCGCUUAGCCGCGUGGGUUCCGUGGCCGCGCGGUCAUCCGUGGCCGGCACUGUGGUCCCUCGGACGCCGUCACGAAAGGCGGGCAGCACUGUACGACGCCGUGGCGAGGAAGAGGAAAACGUUCCGGCGAUGCCGCCGAGUAGCUUGUGGGAUAGUAUGAAGGCGGCAGAUGAGCGUUACCAGGCCGUUUGGAAGGCGCGUUUUGAGCAGUCGUACCUCAAGGAUUUGGAUCUUGACCAGGCAGCCGAUGAGGGGCUUCUUCGCCAUCGACUGUUGGAGGGACCGCGUGGCAUAUUAGAGGAUGUGCGGCGCGUCGUCGAUGAGCUUAUCAUGAUUGAGGUGGAGAACCUAAAACGGCGUCUCGAGAUGGAGCGGCGUGGCGGCAAGAAAAAGAAGGGUGGAAAGAAGAAGGGACCGAAAAAGCCGCGGGCACCAAAACUGAAGGAUCCGACAAAAGGGGUCGAUAUCGAGACAUUUACGAACAGUGCGGUGUACCAGAAUGUCCUUCAGUUGACGGAUCCUGAUGUUCGACUGGAAAAUUAUCUGGGUUGUGCGACUGUGCAUGGAUCACCGCUUGAUGUGCUGCUGCGUACGCAGAAGCCAGAUGAGGAGCUUAAAAAGAAGUGGCAGCGUAUUCUAAACAACUGGGACGCCAACGUUGAGCAGGCAAUGAAGAUGAAGAAGGACGCCUUCCAGAAGCUUUUUGACAAGUUCCUACAACAAUCCUCUUGGCUCAGCGAGCCUUCUGCGGCGCAGGUGCGCCAGUGCAUAGCAGAGUACGCCAUCCUGCCGCUUGGCUCACAAGUUAUUCAUGACUUGGCGCCGGCUUGCAAGACCCUUCUCCUUUACGGCUUUGCUGGUAGUGGCAAGACGCAGUUGGUGCAUGCUGUGUGCAACCAUAGCGGAGCCAACCUCUUCAACCUCUCUCCAGCAAAUUUUGAGACGAAUACGGGUCUGGUGGGCAUUAUUCAGAUGGUGUUUCACCUCGCCAAGGUGUUGGCCCCGUCUGUUAUUUACAUUGACAAGGUUGAAAAACUGUUUUUGCGGAAAAGGAAGAAGGGGCCGAAGGAUCCCCUCAUGGCACGAGGAAAGAAAAUGAAAAAAGAGAUCCUCAAGGGCAUUGCCGCCCUUGCACCCACCGAUCGUGUGCUGGUCAUUGGCUCCUCAUGUGCGCCGUGGGAGGCGGAAUUCAACGCGAUGGUGACCAACUUUGCGCAUAUGCUUCACUGCGCCAAUCCAGAUUACGCCUCACGUGUCAUUCUGCUACAGAAGUGGGUUGCGCAGCACACUGCGGACGUCAACGCAUUAAAGGCAGAAGAUUACCACGAGUUGGCCCUUCUCAUGGAUGGACUCGCCUCUGGGGAGAUUCGCCGCAUCGUGGGUGAGGUGCUGCACACCCGGCGCCUUCGACGUCUUGCGCAGAGGCCACUCAAGGCAACGGACUUCCUCCUCGCCGUUGCCCACGCUAAACCGCCGAGCGCAGAAGAGCAGGCGCUAAUGAAGGAGUUUUCUCUGCGCUUACCUCUCCACCUGCGCCGCAUGAACCCCCCUGUGGACCUACCCGCACCCGAAAAGAAGGAAGGCGGAACCAAAAAGAAAAAGAAGGAAGUGACAGAGUGA